AUGGGGUAUCAAAGGGAUCUUGAGACCACUGUACACAUGCGUUUGUACUCAAUGAAAAAAGUACACGUUUUCUUCUACUUCCUCAUCUUUACAACAAUCGUGUUCCUCUCGACUGUUGCUGGCAUCAUGGGUCCCCCAGUGCUUACGCGCAACAACCACUACGCUACCAAAAUUCUUCCAGAGGGCAGAACCCUCUAUGAUGGAUUCUAUAAGGUGAUUGCUGACCCCGUGAUGCUCUUCCAAAGGGAGAUUUGGUUUUCAUCCGUCAUCCAUCAAGGAAAACCUGAUGGUAAACUCCAAACCGUACCGCUGAAAUGGCUUUUGCUGGACGGUUGA